AUGGACACCAAAAUCAUCUACUUCACUGUCAACGGACGACCUGAGCAGGCAGAGUUUCCUGUAGACUGUCCUGCCCAAGAUCUCAAAGAUCUGUUCCGUUGUGCUGCUGAGGCUGGUCCACAUGACAUUUUGAAACUAUACAACCCCAAAGGAAACAUCAUCAACAUCUCUCCCAAUCUGGAGCCCAACAGCCCCAGCUCCUGCUAUAAACUGGAAGUGGUGGCUGCCGACUACAACAGCGAGCCGUUAGGUAUCUUUAUUGAGGCGUCUUGGGGAGCGGAGCUAGCUGGUGCUCUGGGAUUUGACCUUUUGUCCAUGGAGAAAAGAUUGCAAGGCCUGGAGAAGAAGAUUCUAAUAGAAGGUGGUGAGACUCCAGCUGUCGUUUAUGAAAUGAAGAAACAAGUGGAUUCUUUCAGAGAGAAACUAGAGAGUGUGGAGCAUCUGAGCUGGUUAGGUCUGUUCAAAGACCUCUCUGAAGGAACGCACAAACCCUCUCCAUUUUACCACAAAAGAGCUCUGAGGAAAACCAGAGAGGAGUGUGAGCAUGUGCGUGAGAAGUACAUCCAGAUGAGCUCUCUGGAGGUGUCAGAGGAAGUCAGGCAGUAUCUGAAGACUCCAACGUUUGAUAACUGGCAGUGGGAGGAUGCAGAGAUCAUGGUGCUUCUCCAGCUCAUGUACACAGACCUAGACCUCAUCACCACCUUUAACAUGGAGCCGGAGGUUCUGCAGCAGUUCCUUUUUGAGGUUUACCGACGAUACAACAACAUCCCCUUCCACAACUUCAAACACUGCUUCUGCGUCACUCAAAUGAUGUACGGUCUGAUUUGGCUGACGGACCUCAGGAGUCAUAUGGACAGUAUCGACCUGCUCAUCAUGUUGACAUCUGCAGUGUGCCACGACCUUGACCACACGGGCUACAACAACGCCUACCAGAUAAAUGCCCGGACAGAACUUGCUCUUCGUUAUAACGACAUCUCUCCUCUGGAAAACCACCACUGUGCUGUAGCGUUUGAGAUCCUGGAAAAGUCAGAAUGCAACAUCUUUAGGAACGUGUCUUUGGACCAGUACAAACGGAUCAGAGAGGGCAUCAUCAAAUGCAUCCUAGCUACAGAUAUGUCCCGACACAAUGAGAUCCUCAACAAGUUCAAGUCUCUGCUUCCCACAUUUGACUUCAGCAACAAGGAUCACCGAGAUGUGUUAAUGAUGAUCCUGAUCAAAGUGAGUGACAUAUCCAACGAGGCGCGGCCCAUGGAGGUAGCUGAGCCCUGGUUGGACUGUUUGCUUCAAGAGUUUUACAAUCAGAGUGAUGUGGAGAAGUUGGAGGGGCUUCCCGUCACCCCCUUUAUGGACCGGGACAAAGUGACCAAGCCUUCGUCCCAAACUGGUUUCAUCAGAUUUGUCCUGCUUCCUCUUUUUAUCGAGCUGGCUAACCUCUUUCCUUGUCUUGAGCACCAUAUCAUAGACCCGGUGCGUAAAGCUCUAGAUUACUACACGGAGAUGGAGAAGGCUCUGGACCGCGCCAAGAGCAUUAUGAGUGCAGCCGAUAACCAGACCACAUCAGGACCAGAGACCCCCAAGACUGAGUCCAAGUGA